GGAUAUCUAACGGGACCCAGACCUGACUCUUUAUGAAAGACGCUUCAAAUUUGAUUUCCUCGAUGCCGAUGUCGCCUCUAUCCAUUCCGUCGGGAUAAGUAGAAGCGUCAACAAACUGGAAGCUUAAGCAGAGCCAUGGUCCUGGUCACCUCCGGCACCAUAUCGGUCGCAAUAUCAUCGUCAAUCAUCGGGCUUUUUACGUUUCUCCUCUUUCUAUCAGGCUAUGUGCUGCAGCAGCAAUCAGUCCGCAACAUAAAAGCCGCCCUGCCUAGAUACACACCUACUACCACUCCAACUUCCGUUGCCACAAUCUCGCCAGAGCCUGGACGGCAGAGAGAAGAUGGCUUUGCCAAUGAUAAAGGCAACAUGUUUGCACCGCAGGGGCUCAAAGAUACAGGUCCUUUUGACAUCCUUCCGAAUUACAAAUUGGACUCCCAACAGGUUCCGAUAGGCAGCAGCAUAGACAUAAAUCUUGCGAAUAGGCAAGCCUAUCUUCAAGUUCUAUCCAAACCAAGCGCGGCGGAUAUCUGUUCCACGCUCCUUUUGGCUAAAAUAUUGGCUUCAAACAGCACUCUUGCCACGGACCGAAUAAUCAUCUAUCCAGAAUCAUGGGACAUGAGUUCCCCGACCGCCAAUAUCGCUGCAGCAUUGCGCAUCCUUCGAACAUCUAGCAAGCGAUAUAAUGUUAUUUUACACGCAAUAGACAUGAGUGACCCAAGGGAUAGACAUCCCUCCAUAACGCGCUUGUUGAAAAGAGCGUCGGCCAAAUUACAAACCUAUGGGCGAAUUCUGUAUUUGCGGGCUCCUGGGGUGGCCGUUGACACGGGAAAGCUCGAUCGGUUAAUGAAUAUCCCAGAAAAGGACGAUCUGGCAUCAGAAGCUUCUUCACCAUCGCCAUGGUGGCGGCUGUUAUUCGAUAGACACAUGAAGAAUAGGGUGAGGACGUGGAUUCCCACUGAACUAACUGUUAUAAACGCCGACUUGCCGCCAGCUGUCCUCAUUACAUCGAAGUAUCUUCGCCCUGGGAUACUAUCGCGUCGCACCCAUGUACUCGGCUCGUCAAUACGAUCGAAUCAUGUGAAUUCCGUGAUGGGCGUGCUCGAUGGCUACAAGGAUGGAGCGCGCCAAAAAGAGCCGGCAUACGUUUAUUUUGAAAAGAAUAAGAAUCGAUUACAGGAGCGAAGUAGCUUGUUUUACUUGAAAUGGAGGCAGAAUUUGGAAGGCGUUUGUCAGGGAAUUGACUUGAGCGAUUGAUCUAUUCCUUUUUUUUUUUUUUUUUUUGGCUUUUUUGUGUGUGUGAGACAAUGACGACUUUAUGAUUUUGAACAACUUGCUUCAUCGGUAUAGUUAAAGGUUUUCUUUAGGCCAUUUAUUCCGCCAUAUUACAUAUUAUGGGUUUGA